AUGCAGCAGCAACCAGCACCUGCACGCGAGUUGUUCACCUCUUCAUGCCGAGCAGCCACCCCGCCUCUCGUCAAGAUGAAGCUCUCCCUCAUUCUUCACUUCGCCACCAGCGCCCUCGCCUUCACCGUCCCGCUGCUCGCUCCGCGCGAAGCCGACGACAACGGCACCGCCACCACCUCCCUACUCGCCCCACGCGACGACAUGGACGGCACCGCCAUCCAGAGCCUGCUGCUCGACAUCCGGCACUUCACCAACGACCUGACCGAGUCCUUCAAGAAGUACAAGGGCAACCAGAGCGCGCUGUACUACAACUCGACCAUGCUCCUGCGGACCCUGCGCGAGGGCCUGCCCCUCGUCCAGGCGCACCCGGAGCUCGCCCUGCGCGACGCGCUGCGCCUCAUCACCCCCGUCAAGAGCCUCGCCAAGGGCGGCCGCCAGCUACGCCGCGCCGCGCUGCUGCGCCGCCUCCGCGUGCGCCGCGAGCACGCCUGCGAGACCGUCCGCGAGUACGUCGUGGACAUUCACGACGCGGGCAUGCUGCUGAAAGACGCCGUCAUCGAGAAGCUGCCGGCGGGCGUGGUGCGCGUGCUGGCGCCGUACCUGGCGGUCGGUGUGACGAGGAACUUGGUGGACAGCGUGGUGGACUUUAGCAAGGACAAGUGUAAGAACGUGGGCUGGAGGAAGAUACGGCCGCCCCCGAUGACGCCGGACCCGCGGACGAGCAGCAGCGCCCCGACUGCUGGCGGGCCGACGACGACGGAGAACUUGGCGUCGACUACGGGCUCGUCCUCGACAAAGGUGACGACGUCGACCGUCUCUGCUCCUCUCCCCCCGACCACUACCACGUCCUCGAAGACUGCCUCACGUUCGACUACGGACGUGGAGCUCGUUGAUUCCUCGACGACUGCCUCACCGUCGACGAGUGCUUCACCGUCGACAACUGCUGCACCGUCGACAACUGCUUCACCGUCGACCACUGACGUGGAGGUUCUUGAUAAUGUCGACUAA